AUGUCAAGUCCUCCUCAAGGAGAUCAAGGACCCCAGCCUGGGGGAGGAGCAUCCCCUGGAGGUCAGAGUGCCACGUCGGCACCUGCAGCAGGGUCGGCGCCCGCGCCGCCUGUGGACCCUGGAGUUGUAGUGCAGCAGUUGGCAACAGCUUUGUCUUUGCUGGCUGCGAACCAGCAAGAUUCUUCUGUGAGAGAAGCCAAGUUUGACAAGCUCCUGAUGUGUUUGCGCCCAAAACCCUUGAUGAAGAACUGGCCGGCUUUGGUAAAGUUCCCACCGUACAAAGAGGGCGGCAGUUUGCUAGACUACACCCUUGCGUUCGAGAGACUCCUCACAGAGUACGCAAAGGUUGCACCUCAUCCUUACGACGACAACUUGAAAAUUUCAACGCUCCUGGCAGGACUGCCCAGCGACGUGCGGAAGUACCUGGAGCUGAACAUGGACGACAGCAUGACCUAUGAGAAGCUGCGCACCCGGUUGCUGCAGUAUGAACGGACUACCGCAGGGUGGUCUUCGGAGCAUGUGUUGCGGUCGGUUGGCAUCGACAAAGAUUCGAAGUUCUUGGACACGUCAGAUGUUGUGCCAAUGGAGGUAGAUCGCGUUGAGAAAGGAAAAGGGAAGAAGGGCUUUGGCAAGAAGGGCACCGGCAAGAAGGGCGACAACAACUACUAUCAGAAGGGCAAGGUAGUGCACGAGCAGCCCAAUGACAUCAACCUAGUGAUCUUCGAGACUCCCCAGACUCCCACCUGUGAGUUCUUCGAUUUGGCCUGUGAGGACGAUGACUGGGAUGACUAUUUCGACGAGCCCGAUGAGUACCAGGUACGUGCCGUGGAACUUUGUGCGGGAAGUGCCUUAGAAGUUGAAGCUGAAGCCGAAGCUGAGCUCCAGUCGAGUAGCACGCUGGUGUUUGACAUAGCGGAGAGUGAUGAAGACAGUGAUUGUGAGCAUGACGUUCGUAUGGUCAGUGAGCAGCCGAUGCAGCAUGAGUUUGAGCAAGUGAUCUUGGAUUCUGGAGCGGAUGUGACAGUGCUUCCCCUCUCCCACGGCGCGGUAGGAGAACCCAAUGCAAACAAUACCAUGAUCCGCGAUGCCCAAGGUAAUGUCAUCCCGAUGGCGAGCUACAGAAAGAACGUGGUCUUUGAAGUCGAGGGCAACGAAGGCCAGCGGCUGUUCUUCCGGGAUAAGGUUGUCGUAGCUCAAGUGAAGCAGCCUCUUUUGAGUGUGGGGAAGCUGAUUCGAGAUCACUGGAGCCUCGGGGAUGUUGACGGCCGUUUGCAGAUGAGCAAGGGUGGCAAUAGCUUCCCAGUGCACAUGUCUCGGAACUCGCUUGCAGCAAACAUGAAGAUUUAUCGACUUGAGGAACAUGUCCGUGCAGUUGUGAUUGAGCUUUCCGAGUUGAUGGAGAGCGGCACUGAGAUUCAAGGGUGGAGCCUCUCCUCAGAUGGGGGCCCCAUGCACGUGAGCACAAGCAGCAGCUGCACCGUUGAUCCUUCUCUGGUGUUCCCUUCGCAGCAGUGGCCGUUUCGCACCACGUUGCUUUCACAGGGUGAUCGUCGAUAUGAAGUGUUUGAGUCUGGCGAAUAUUGGGAGGAUCGGAAAGCUUUGAGCAGAACGGACAUUGGAAAGGUGAUUGUAAAUGAGCAGUUUCGUCCUGAAUACAUUGUUCCCGAAGAAGCCCCUGCUCAUGAUGACGGUGAUGCUUGGAUGGCGGCGGCCCCUGAACGUGUUCCCGAUUCUCCUCCAGCCCAGGUUGAUGGACAGCGCGGUGGCGGCGCUGAAGAACAAGGCGAUCCUGUGGAUCCCGAGGUCCACCUGGCUGCGGGGAGACAAGCAACUUUGGUGGUUAAUGAUGUUGAGCUCACUGAAGACUCUUCGCUGAAAGUGUUGCGUAGAGCAUGCCAGUUUCUUCGAGUGAGCAAGAAUGGGAGCAAGGCUGUACUGUGGAGCAGGCUUCAGAGUGAGGUAGCAGAUUCUCAGCUUCGACAUUCUGUGCAAGCAGCUGAUGCAGUGUUGGAAGCAUACCGCCGAGAACCUCAAACGGAAUCUGGAACAGCUCCUCCGGAUGCCGAGACGGUGGCACUUCAUGAAAUCACCCACUGCCCCAGAAUGCCGUGGUGCAAUGCAUGUGUGGCUUCGCGGUCUAGAGAGGACAACCAUUCGGCAAGUACUCCAAAAGAGCUGGGGGUGAUCCACUUUGACUACAUGUUUAACAAAACAGAAGCAGCCCAAGGAAGCCCUGAACACCCCAUGGCAGUGCAUGUCGUUAUGGUCGAUGAGCACACAAACUUUGUGCAGUGUGUGCCUGUGGAGUCGAAGAGUGCAGAACAUGUGCGUGUAGCAGUCGAUGAGGCUGUGAAGAUGGCCUCUCUCCUUGGCCACACCAACCUGACGCUGCGUGGAGACAGCGAGCCGGCGAUGAAGGCGUUCAUGGCAGCGAUCGUGCAAGCAAGGACCCGAUUGGGGUUAGCGACCAAGGUUACUUAUGCUGCGCCGGAUUCGAGCUUGCAUCAAGGUUUGAAGGCAGAGCGCUUUAUUGGCAUUGUUCGGGGUUUGGCCAAGACUUUGCUGAGAACGAUUGAAGAGCGGACUGGAUUCCAAGUCCAGAGUGGGCACCCGGUUUAUGUUUGGGCUUUUCGACACAGUGCUUUCCUUUACAGCAGGUUUCAUGUGCAACGUGACGGUAUGACUGCAUUCGAACUUGUGCACAGUCGGCCUUAUGCUGGGAAGCUUUGCGCUUUUGGUUCCUCGGUGUUCUCCCAGUACCUCCCACACGCUGCUGCUAAAGGAAGCGGUUGGAAGAGAUCGAUUUUCCUUGGAAAGUCAACACUUAGCAACCUGAACAUUGUGGCUGAUAGCUCAGGUGUGCACUAUGCCAGAACGAUGCGAAAAGGUGCCUUAGGAUUUGAAAGUGAGCUGAUUGCGAGCGCAAAGGGAGUGCCCUGGAAUGCAACAUUGGAUGUUUUGCCAACAAAGAGGUCGAGGGCCCCAAGGAUUAGAGCACCAGCACUUAUUGAGGCAGUUGAUCCUGUGGUUCAUGCGCCGGGCCCUGGGCCCGAUGAAGCUGCGAGCGACCCUACGUCGUCCGCGAGCCAGGGUAGUGCUUCUAGUGCUGGUGGAGUUGGCUCUAUGUCGACUAGUUCCUCUAGUUCUGCUGAGAUGAUGACUGAUGCAGAGAUGGGCCAGGCCUCGGCACACAGAGUAGAUGGUGGUGAUCCUUGUGAAGCUUUUGCAAGAAGGGUUCGAGAGGACCAACCGUGUGGUCACGAGCCAGAGGUGAUUCCGGAAACAGACAUGGACUUGAGCUUCGAAGAUGGAGUGGAAAAGGAAGAAGAUGAAGACCCGAAUUUGGAAGCUAAGCAAGCAGCCAAGGAGUGGGCCCAUCGUCGAUACGAGGAUGGACCUCCGGAGUUCUCCGAGGAGUACCUUUGCCGCCUUGACGCAGCUAUGGAUGCUUUGGAAGUCAAGCGUUUGUUGGCACUUGGAGUGGUUCGCAAGCUUGGGGAUAACCAGCAAUGGGGAAUGCGCCAGAAGGAAUGA